AUAAAAACGAAAGUGUCGCCGGAUUGCCGACCAGUUGCGCGUCGGACGGUCAGAAUGGCGUGGAUCCAGGUACUAUUGUUGGCGGCGGCGGCGCUGGCGGCGCCCGAGCCGCAGAAGGGCUACAGUUACCCGGUGCCGGACAACGGCCUGUACCUGCCGCCCCCGCCUGACAAGGGCGGUCCGGUCAACCCGGGCGGCUCGAACCCGGGCGGCUCCAUCAUCGACAUCGGCAUCGAGCUGCCGGCGGCCACCACUACCACCCCGCGGCCGGUCACCACCCGGAGGCCCGUCACCACGCGGAGGCCCAUCACCACUCGACGACCCGUCACCACCAGACGACCGGUUACCACUCGGCGACCGAUCACCACGCGGAGGCCCAUCACCACUCGGAGGCCUGUGGUUACUACCGCCCGGCCGGUCAUCACCCGCCGGCCCGUCACCACCCGGCGGCCUGUGCCCAGCCGACGCCCAGUGACCACUCGUGAGCCGUACCGUCCACCGGCCACCCGCGCCCCGGCGACCACCAGGAGACCUUUCACCACCCGCAGGCCGGUGGUGACCCGGCCACCUGUCACCACCAGGAGACCCGUGUUCACCACUCCCGAGCCGUACCAGCCGCCUUCGACCCGCCGUCCUGUCGUCACCCGGCCCCCCGUGACCCGGCCCCCUGUGACCCGGCCUCCGGUCACUCGUCCCCCCGUGACUCGUCCCCCUGUGACCCGGCGCCCUGUAACCCGUCCCCCUGUCACUCGUCCCCCAGUAACCCGUCCUCCCUUCACCCGUCCCCCUGCUACCCGCCGUCCGACCCCCACCCGUCGCCCGAUCCCCAGCCGCCGUCCGGUGACCACCCCGGCCCCCGCCUACAUCCCCCCUAACCCCCUGAUUCCGGACGGCUCCGGCCCUGACGGAGGCCGUGUGCCGUUCCCCACCACCGGCGCUCCCCUGGUCACCACGCGCCGUCCGAUCCCGACCCGGCGACCCAUCACCACCAGGAGGCCUGUCAUCACCACACAGAGACCGGUGGUCACCACGCGGCGUCCGGUCCCCACGAGAAGACCCGUGAUCACCACACAGCGUCCCAUCCCGACCAGGAGGCCCGUGAUCACGACCCAGAGGCCUGUGAUCACCACCCGCCGCCCUAUUCCCACCAGGAGGCCGGUGGUUACCACCAGGCGUCCCGUGGUUACCACCAGGCGUCCGGUGGUUACUACCAGGCGUCCUGUUCCGACCAGGAGGCCGGUGGUUACCACCCAGCGUCCGGUGAUAACCACGCGCCGACCGGCGGUUACCACCAGGAGGCCCGCCAUCACCACUGGCCGGCCGGCGGCCACCACUGUCUCUCCGGGAACAGGAACGACGAUGAUGCACAUGUCUCGUCCGUACGAGUUUGGCUACGACGUCGACGACUCAGACACCGACAACGCCUUCAGCCAGAAGGAGACCAGCGACGGCAUGGUCAUCACGGGAGAGUACCGCUGGAAGAUGCCCGACGGCCGCACCCAGAUCGUCACCUACCUGGCAGACUGGGCCAAGGGAUAUUACGCCGACAUCCGCUACGAGUAGGCGCUGGCCGCGACCCAGCGGUGACCUAUAGGUGAUAUUCUCGCGCGUUGCCCCGUUGGUGUCUGGUGGGUGGUCAUGGCGAGAUUGCCUGUGAGGUAUCCAGGGGACCUGAAGUGGGUUGGGGGUUUGUAGGAUGCCCCAGGCAAUCUCUCCGGACCCUUCCAACCUAUAAGCGAACACUACUGGUGGGCCUCAAAGGGCGCGGCACUGUCGGUAGCGGUCUCCUGGGCGACUUGCUGCAGCAACUUGCACACCUAGACUUGCUGGUCGGUAGGCACUGUGUCUCGGGACACACUUCGGAAGUCGGGUGCUUUGCGAGACGCUCGCGGCAUCCCCGGACGCGAGGCGAAGUACCUGUCGACAAGACGCCAGGCGACGGGCAGCGAUGGUAGCGGCGGAAGGGGCGCGUCGGCGCGGCGGAAUCGCCCCGCUACUCGCCGCGAUUUCUGUGAUACCAGCCGUGGCCCGGGUCGGCGCAUCGACGACCCGAGAUCCCCUGGUAUUUGCGCAUGUGCACGGCUCCAUAGCGGUGCCACAUUGUUGAGUUGUGGGAGCGAGUGUGAGCUGAGAGAGCCGAAUUGUUAGGAAACGUGUGUGGUGCGAUGUCUUGUGGGAAGCGUGUGUCUUGUGGGAUGACCAGAAAGUCUGGGAGAGAGACCGAUUACAGGCUUGUCAAGUAAAAUUGCAUGAAAUUGAGCGAAUAUUUCGUCUUGAGUGCAGAAUCUCUGGAUGCAUCGGAUACUUGUAAAUGAAGAGUCGUGAGAAAUGGCAGGUGCGAGUUGAAACGGAAUGGAUUGCGUGUUUCCUGCGUCAAGGACCGCUUUGGUGGUCUUUUAUUUCUGAGCAGAGAUGAACAAUGUAGCAACUUCGGACAUGAAUCAUGCGUCUUCAUUUGCCUGUCAGCGUCGUUGUUGGUCCAGACUCACUCGGAAGGUGUUCUGUUCUUUAGCUUAUGCCUUUCUUUUAGUGUUCAUUGACGUGUCCUUUAAUAAAUACUACAUACAGCUGGUUUGUAGGAACUCAAA